AUGUCUACCAUGUUAGCAAGAAUAUUUAAACAAUCUUCCACUUUAUGCCCUUUAAGAGUAGGUACAUCAUCUAUUCGAUUCUUUAGUCCGCCAUCAAAAUUCGAUUUUCAACCUGGUCCACCAAGAUUGCCCAAAGAACAACAAGAAGAAUUCGAGAAAUUACAAAGCAUAGCUAAUUCACAAAUUGCUAUUGAAGAGUAUAAUGAUCAAAUUGCCCAACAACAAGCAGAAGGCUCCACACAAGAACCAAAGGCCCCAAUAGUGAAUUCUGAGAUUGGAUCAUUUUCCAGUUUGAAACUUGUUCCUGAUUUUGAAGGUGAGGUUAACCCUAAGACUGGUGAAAGAGGUGGACCAAAGCAAGAACCCUUGAAGCACACGAAAGAUGAAUGGAGUUUUAAUGGGAGAGUUAUUGAUUUCUGA